AAAAAAAUUCUUCAUCGACCCCCUCGCGACAAUUUCUUACCCCCGAUUGGUGUUAGCUUUCGUUGAUGUCGUUGCAUGCGACCCCCUAGAAUUUCUCUUCUAAAAAGACACCUUUUCUCUUCCUUAGGUGAUUAGAGAAUGUUGAUCGAUAAAGUAAUUCAUGGAUUAUUUAAUGGUGAUUAGUUUGAUCGAGUUUGAUUGUGUUUGAUGAAGUUCCUUUUAUUGGUUUAGUGGUGUUCCUGUAGGUUUUAUGGUUAAAUGAUGGACUUUCUCAAAUUUUUGUUAGAAAAUAUCAAUACUUGAUAAACACAGAAAUUUCGAAAUAAUUAGAUUAAAUAAAUCCUUAGUGUAACGCAUGUUUAUUAAAAUUUUAAUUUAUUCUUCCAAAAUCGACAGUGAUUUUUUGUUUAUAAUCCGUUCAACGAGACGAGUCAGGAUAUGUUUACAAAUUCACGCGCUCGAAGCAGGGUCAGAGCUCAGUGGUUUCCAGUUCUUCAAACGUUCCAGUCGAGGUUUGUAAAGCCCCCUGUGGCUCGGGGGGAUCAGAAUACGGCCACGGUAUCCCCUGCCUGUCGUAAGAGGCGACUAAAAGGGGGUUGUAAUGAAGCGAGGUAGUAUGAUGUAAAAGUAAGAAUAAGAAACAGAAGAAAAAAUACGGCAAAUGUGUGAAGUAAUGUACGAUAAUUUUCGGUGGGCAAAAAGGGACCGAUGUAAAGUUCUUAGAGUACGCCACCCCUAAAUGGGGAAACCUGAAAUGAAAUAAAAUGAGGUUUGUGUACUGUGAGCCCCGCCUGUUUCAAGCACGUGAAUUUGUACGUGAAUUUAUAAUAGAAUAUAGGAGUUUCCUCUCCAUACAUGUAUAUAUCGUUCUUCCACCUUUUUUCAAUAAUUCUCACGUAUCUGUUCGAUGGUGUGAGUAACACAUAUGCAUUUGAUGUGCAUCGAAAAUCGAAGGAGUAUUUGGAGAUAUCCGUUGCAACGCGAAUGCACCGUCGUUUGUUGCAAGCCAUGAACGAUCCGUUGAGUCCAGGUACGAGCAACUGCUCAUGGACGUCCUGUAGAGAGGGUUGCACCAAGGAGCUGUACGAUUGCACGCAAAUACGCGUCAAUUACAAGCUACCAAUUAACGCGUCCGAGGAUAGCGAUGAACAAGGUGAGGAAGGCGGGGCGGUAGGAGGUGUCGAGGAUGACGAAGACAGCACGACGAUGGGCAAACCGCGUUACGAGCGUUCCCUCAGGGAGUAUGACUACGUGGAGGACCUCGACGAGGAUUUCGCCGAGGACGACGAAGAUGGACUGCCGAAACCCUUUCCUACAGGGCUCAUGGGCAACGACUCCGAGUGGUACUUCACCGGGGCCAAGCUGUUCCCCAACGUAAAAGGCUGUGGAUACCCUCCAAUGCUGAAUUGCAGUAUUUUCUACCGGCAGUACGCCAACAUAGGGCAGAACUUUAGCUGUUACUACUCGAAAGUGGACCCCGGGAUAGUCAUCAGCGACCUCGACAUGUGGCAGGUGUACAUGAAUCUGGUGUACGCGAUGGCGAUUCCGAUACCGUCUUUCAUAAUCUCGGUGAUAUACCUCACCAUCGCCUACUUCAAGAUUUACAACGAAGAAGAGGUGGCCCUCGUGGGUGACGAAGAGGACAAAGACGGCGUACAGGGUGAAGGAAGUAACGCGACACCCGUAGCAUUGACGAGUGGCGCCCUUACACCUGGUAGCGACGCUUUCAGGGAAGGCCUAGCUAGCUUUGGGCACCACAUGCAGGUCGCCAUGGCCGAUGACAACAGCAGGGAAAGCCUGGAUGCGAUACCCAACUCGUACUCCAUUCAGGGAAACUUGAGCAAGACGAUGACGACGAGUAUCUCGACUCCCCCUGGGCCGACGGCAGCAGUCUGAAGCGGCACUUUCAAGGUCUGAACAACAUCUCCUGGAAACCGCACUAAGCGACCCAACAACGGGGACGAAGAGAGAACCUCAUCGACGUAGCUGAUUAAAAAUGACCGACCUCGAACAGCCGAUAUUCUCUCAGCAGACUACCAAACAUGCCGAAUAAAACAACGUUUAAUAGCGCUUAAUGGCGGAUUACGAUUCCACGAAGUGAACCAGAGUUGCACGAUGCUCAACUUCUCUCGAAGCGAUCGUACGAUUUCAUUUUUCAAAGGGUUACAAAUCGGUUCUACCACCGACAAAGACUUAGUAAUUCCACUCCCCUGUAACCAGUAUACGAUUCGAAGCUUGCGAAAUGUAAUCCAUGCAAGCGUGUAUAUUGUUAGAGAGCUUAAUAUGUCGAGCAUAUUACGAUAACGAGGUUAACUAGCCAGUCCGCUGCAAAAGCCAUGUUUUUGUUUCGAUACUGGACCAAUUUAGUAUAGUUGGUUUUGCACAGAAUGCAAGGAGAAAUGUUGCCUCGAGGACUCUCCCUAAUUUUCCUCAAACGAUUUUCUACUUCUCGAUUCAUUGAGCCUCAAGUUUUCCGAAUAAGCUCCAGGAUAGAAAUAAAUAUAGCUCAGUGGUAGAACGUGAUUUUGAGAUACCCGUGUCAGGACAAAAUAGGCGUCCACGAUUAUCUUUGCUGGAUGGAAGUUAGGGUGAUCCAGAGUGCUGGUUCGACAACGCUUGAACACUCCAUCGCGCUGUCGCAUAACUGUCCCCACACUGUACGCGAUAAUUAUUAUCCGAUAGAGAUAUAACGAUAUUUUGUGACGGACUUUUUUCUACUCGAUAACCGCCCGUGCGCGCGAGCGCCACCUCUCAACUAUCUCCGUCGAUCGAUUAAUCCUUUGGCGACCCAGUGUUUUUCCCGAUCGAUCGUUGCGAUUGGUGUCGAAUGGAAAGUAUCGGCUGUUUGGCCAGGAUCCAGCGAGGAAAUAUUAUAUUUGGCCGGCACCUUUGGAGGCUCGUAAAAAAAAAAGGGUGGGUGCUUCCGAAACAUCGCCAACAAAUUUUCAAGAUACUCGAUGCAAACGAAAAGAUACUUGGAUCCUUUUCUGAAUUAUUCAACCCCUUCUCGAGGGGUUUAACCCGUUUUUCUAUUCGUAAAGGAUUCUUGCAUCGUGGUUAUUGAGAUUCUUCAUAGACAAAGGGUGGUAGUCUUGUAAGUGCUUUCCAACGAUGAAGCUUCAUUCUUUUUUCUCUAAUAGGAAGGAAUAAAUUUAUGCGGAAAAUAAUUGUAUUAAAGGUACACAGGUAUUUUAAUGAAAUUUUUAAUUUUUAAUAUAAUGCUUCAAAUUACAGUAUUUGCUUUAUAAAUAGUGUUUGGAGAGCACUGUUGUAAAUGCAACCAUUUGUUUAUUUUGUUAUCUUUGAUUAAUAAACAUAUUGCGAAGAAUUUUCUCGUGUAUCGUUUCGGAAACACCCGGUACAGGAUCGAUUUUCGAUUACGAGGCACAUCGUUUUCUCCGUGCAAUUUGUGUAGCCAUGCUGAGAAGAGUGUCCUCCGGAGUAUAAGGUAGAAAGGAACGAGCUAUUUCACGCCUGCACGAUGAACGUCAAUGUCGAUUCGAUCGCUGAGAAAUAAUAUAUAUAGAAACUCUCCUCCUUGUUCGAUAGAAAAAUCGAGCAAGAUAAGCAUUCCUGCCGAUAGCACACACGCUCGCAUAAUUACUCACACGUGUAUGAGAAAAGACUAUUAAAUUGCACAAUAAGUUCACUCUGGUUCACUCGUUGAAAGGAUGAAAAUGGCACUGGAAUGAUUCAAGAAGAAAGAAGAUAUAGAAGAAAUUGUCGCGUUACUCACGUGGACUAAAGCUUAACGAGUAAAUUAAUGAAUUAAGAGUACCGUUACCAGUUAACAAGUAUUAAUAAGUUAAUCUGCUUGCUGUGUGAUCAUGACGCAUCCGAGAAACGCCACUCCACGUGCAUCGUAGAGUACGAUUAUACACUUUGUCGAACACCAACACACAUAUACAUACGUACACACGUCCGUUUCAUUGUUUGGGACACACGCUUCCGGUCAGGUAUAUUUGAGACGAUUGACGGGUAUUCGGGUUAGUAAUAAAUUUCAAAUUGCGCUUUGAAGGACGAUACCACCUCUUCAUUUGUGGCUUCAUUUAGGAGAGAUAAAGGUGGCAAAAAGUGUAAUUGUUAGGAAUUCAGGUGGUGUUGGAACUUUUAAAAUCAGUAGCCAAUUUGUAUUAUACAUCUGAUUGUUAAUUUGUUAUCAACCUUUGAAUAAUGGGGUUGUGAUUUUUAUUUUCUGAGAUUUAAAAUAUUCUUUACAAUAUUAUAAUGAUUUUAGAAGGGAGUUUGAUUAAAAUUUUCCAAUUGAAACUCUUCACUUACUACUUCAUAAAACUAAUAUAAUAUUAAUAGCAUUUAACAAUUUGAUGUAUAUUACAAAUCAGGCUUCUCUGAAUCGCAUUGUAAUACUAGGUGACAUUAUUUCUAAAGAAUAAGAUUUUGUCAACGAUGAGUCGGGUCAAGUUUGUCGAUAAUGCUAAAUAUAAAAGUCUAUUAAAUAAUGAAUAACACUGUCAUACGCCGCACGCAACAUUCAGAAAUAUAGAAUUCGUGGCGAUCGCGAGGCUCAAGGAAAUUUCACCCCUGCGUGAGGCAGAACAGGGUGCCAGUUGCGCAGAGGGUGAACCAAGUAACAGUGGUUUUUUCUUGGCCACGUUGCUGCGCUUGAAUCGAUACGAGUGGCGCAGGGCAGGCAAACCACCCCUGAGAUCGAUGGCAAAAACUGAUGCCAAAGGAAAUUGGUUUCAUUAGGAAAUUUUAUAACAUGUAUCCUCACUGUUGCGGAAAUGCAAAAUUGCCUACAAUUCAAUUUUUCCUUCCAUCACUGAUAUUUCAUAAGUUUUCAACAGCAACUCUCAAUUUUCUUGAGAACCUUUGAUCUAAUUUAAAAAAGAAACAAAUAAAUAUAGUACUUCGUCUUUCAUAAAUUACAAAAGGUAUUGAAAUUCGAUUAUGCUUCUUGGAACUAUAUUGCAUAGUGUCAUUGUUACUUCUAAUAUCGAUCAAACAAGUAGACCCUGGUCUCCGAGGUUGGGAAGUAUGAAAAAUUAUUCAAUUUGCAAUCGAUCUCUAAACAAAGGAGCAAAAGAGAACCAGGAGAAGCAAUUACUUUGGUGCUUGACCCGAAACCACUUAAACUGUCUGUAUAGGGAAUAAUUUUAACAUUCCAUGAUGCAUCAACAAAUUUCGGAGAAGAGAUUCUCCUUCGACUCGAGAUCCCGUCAUUUUACAAUUUUCACGUACAAAAACUACACUCACACAUACAUAUACACACACAUGGUUUGUAACACAAUUCCACAUGUGUACACAGUUGCACAGAUACACGUAAACCGCGUACACUAUGGAAAAAAAUAAUAAUUGAAUUGUUUUUAUGAAUUAAGAACAAGUUGUCUGUGAUCUACAAUAAUUAAAAGAAUAUUUAAUAAGUAUUAACAUAAUAAAUGCAUAAUUGACAUGUCGAGAGUGUCGAACGAAUCGGUUUAGGGAAUAAUACUAAUAAUUAAUAAAGAUAAUUAAAAGAAAAAGAGGGAAAUAUUGAAAACGAUGGAAAAUGGAAACAGGAUAGAUGAGAAAAUGAUCAAAUAAUAUGUUGAAUAGAAGUCGCGAUAAAGAUAGAGCAAUAUAAAAAAAUGAAAUGGAAAAUGAUAGGUAAAACGAUUAUCGCAUUAACGACGUUGUCGCAAAGGAAUUCUAGAAAAGAGGUAUAUUAUUAUAAAUACAUAUAUAAACAUUAAAUAAUAAAGAAUAGAGAUUUGAAAUGGAGCACGCCACGUCUAAAUAUGUAAUCGCUGUUGUUAAUCAGUAAUAAUUUGCGAUGUUAAAAGGUGAAAGAAUUAAAAAAAAAAAUGUGCGUGCUGCGUUCGAAGUACCGAUUAAAAUACAAAAAAAAAAUUAUAUGAAUAAAAUAAAUAUAUAAAUAAAUAAAUAUAUAUAUAUGGCACUUGACCGUCGCGGCUAAAAAAGUACAUAGGAUAGAUAGAUUUAUAGAAGCGCAAAAAGAUUAAAAAAAAAAAAAACACCAAAAAUCGUUCCUUCCACCCGCUCCGGCCGUGUAUUUGAUUAUCGAUUUUAACAAAUAUAUCGCAUCUCAUGUGAAGUCGAAGAAAAGCUCUGCGAACUUGUAAGCGCACCUCAGAAUGCAAAUUUAGUAUGAAAUUUUACCAAUGCAAGCUGACAAAAGAUUGAGAGAGAGGGAGAGAACGAGAGAGUGAAAUAAAAAAAUGUAAUGAAACAGUUUUUCGUCACAUAUUGGUGAACAGAAGACAGGAUAAAAGAACGAAGAAGGGGAAGAAAAAAUAUAAUGAAAAUAUUAAAAUGCCACAAUCACCGAGUAAUAAGUUGUUCAACGAGCGUUGCGAAAGAUGUUCGAAAUAAUUUUUGUACAGUUUUGGCACACACGAGAACGUGCAACAUCGUCGUCUUUAUAUUUAUGUACAACAUUUAAUUAUUAUAAAUUUUCGAUAUUAUUACGAACUAUGAUCGAUUUCGUGUGAAAGUGUAUAUGGCUUUUUCUGCGGUUAACAAUAAAAUGUUGUCAAAGCUUUUUCACGAGA